UCCAUCCUUCUUUCUCAUUGGUCAUCGACGUAAACUACUUCUGUUGAUCAUCUGUGGUGUUUCCUUUGUUAUUGGCCUGUUUAUGGUGACUGAGGGAGGACUUUAUGUAUUUCUGCUGUUUGAUUACUAUGCUUGCAGUGGAAUACCAUUAAUGAUUUUUGCCAUUUUGGAGUGCGUCUGUGUGGGAUGGAUAUAUGGUGCUGAUCGUUAUUAUGACAAUAUAAAGGAAAUGAUUGGCUACUACCCCACAUCGCUUAUGAAAUAUUGUUGGAAGUUCAUCACACCAUGUCUCUGUGUUGGAACACUGAUAUUCUCUCUGGUCAAGUUCACCCCGCUGAAAUACAACAACACCUACGAGUACCCCUGGUGGGGCUUUGCCAUUGGGAUGGUUCUUGCUUUAUCUUCAGUUCUCCUGACUCCUCUGUGGAUUAUCUAUCGUAUGGCUGUAACCCCGGGAACACUGAGACAGAGACUGAAAACGUUAUGCACUCCUGCAUCCGAUCUGCAAUCUUCUCCACCAAAGAAGACUCUUUACCCUGAAACCCCUACUCCUGAUACAGAGCUGCAUGCUUUAACUUAAAAACUAAAACAUGGCAGUACUGAAGAAACUGAUUGGAUUUGUAAUCCCUUAUUAGCUGAUGAAUGCAUCACCAAAGAAGAGUCUACAGCCAGUUACAAACUCAACGCAGGAGAUCUUUACAUCCUUGGUGUCUGAAUGUUCUUAUUUUAAAAAGUCCAACCCUUGACUUAAAAUGAAUACUUUAUGGACAGCUGUGUUAAAAAGUUACAAUUGUAAAAAGACCUUAUCAUCUUAUAUAACUUUUGGUGGUGGAUAUUAUUACUUGAAUUGUUCCUUUUAAACUAUACGGGUUUUGGUUGUGCAAAUAAAUGAAUCUUGAUUGAAACUCCAUGUUAA